UUGUUAACAAUAAUCGAUUGUAGCUUUUCACAAGAUGGUGCCGAAAGCGAAGAAGGAAGCUCCUGCCCCUCCCAAAGCGGAAGCCAAAGCAAAGGCAUUGAAGGCCAAGAAGGCAGUGCUAAAAGGCAUCCACAGCCACAAAAAAAGGAAGAUCCGUACAUCACCCACCUUCCGGCGGCCAAAGACUCUGAGACUCUGGAGGCAGCCCAAAUAUCCUCAGAAGAGCGCCUCCAGGAGAAACAAGCUUGACCACUAUGCCAUCAUCAAGUUCCCCCUGACCACGGAGUCUGCCAUGAAGAAGAUAGAAGACAACAACACACUUGUGUUCAUUGUGGAUGUCAAAGCUAACAAGCACCAGAUCAAACAGGCUGUGAAGAAGCUUUAUGACAUUGAUGUGGCCAAGGUCAACACCCUGAUCAGGCCUGAUGGUGAGAAGAAGGCAUAUGUUCGACUGGCUCCUGAUUAUGAUGCUUUGGAUGUUGCCAACAAAAUUGGGAUCAUCUAAACCAAGUCCAGCUGGCCAAUUCUAAAUAUAUAACUUUUCACCAUAAAAAACAAACAAAUAAACAAAAAAAAACAAUAA